UUAUACGCCGGCUGACUGUUCGCAUUGCCCGGCAAAAUAAAUACACUUCAAGUGAACCUACUUAGUACAGUGCAGCUCAGCAACAAGGACAAGGUGAUAUGCGCUUCAGCCCGUUGCGAUUAAUCAAUCAUCUCCCGAAAAUGCUCGAAGCAGCCGUCCUGGAAUCGCACUUCCCGGCGAACUAUCGUCCCAAACUCCUAGUCACCUGCUCGGACGUACCGGUAAGCUACAUCGAAACACUUCGGCGCAAAUGCGACGUAACCGUGUGUCCUGGCAGUAAUCGGAAUGAAAUCCUGAAGGCCACUCCCGGUGCGGAAGGAAUCCUCUGGCUGACCGCCGAUCGACUCGACGAUGAAGUGUUGGAUGUGGCUGGUCCGCAACUAAAGGUGGUGUCGACCCUAACGUCCGGAAUGGAUUACGUUGAUGCCGAGGCGUUCCGAAAGCGGAGGGUAGCUUUGGGUCACACGCCGAAGGUGGUGAACAAUCCAGUGGCGGAUAUAGCAGUAGGAUUGAUGAUUGCUGCCGCUAGACGGUUUCACGAAGGACGAGAGAAGAUUUUGAACUCCGACUGGGAAGCUACGCCCCAGUGGAUGCUGGGACAGGACGUACCGGGAUCGACCGUAGGUAUCGUUGGAUUUGGUGGAAUUGGUCAAACCAUAGCCAAGCGGUUGCGGGGAUUCGACGUGGGACGUUUGCUGUACACAGGGCGCACCAAGAAACCAGAAGCCGACCGAUUCGCAGCGAAGUAUGUUAGUUUCGACCAACUGCUGCUGGAAAGUGAUUUUGUGUUCAUUGUUUGUCCCUUGACGAACGAGACCGGCAAGUUGUUCAAUGCUGAUGCGUUCAAAAAGAUGAAACCGACUAGUGUGCUCAUCAACGUCGCUCGUGGUGGCAUUGUAGAUCAACCAGCCCUGGUGGAAGCCCUGCAAUCUGGUGCGAUAUUUGCGGCCGGAUUGGAUGUCAUGACACCGGAGCCACUUCCACCCAGUGAUCCGAUUAUGAAUCUUCCGAACUGCAUUGUCGUGCCACAUCUAGGAACUGCUACACGCAAAAGCUUGGAAGACAUGUUUUGCAUUGCUGCACGAAAUGUGCUGUCCGUUUUGGCUGGCGGCCAACCAGUAAAUCCCUUCAUUUAAAACUUUCUACUGGACAGCAAUAAUAUGUAUUGGCAAGAAGCACGAGACUCGAUUUCUACGUAUAAUGGCGAGAUAUGGAGCUUAUUACCAACAAAAAAAACUCUCAAGAAGUAUUUUACGUCUAUGGUUAAAUUACUAAAAACACUAAAACGUGCAAUAAACAGCUCGUUCGUCGGAAUAUUGCAGGUCUCAUGUUCAACAAAAAUAAAUCGAUUGAUAAAGGCUGAAAUAU